AUGGAUGGUUCCCCUUCUGCCUGGUCCAUGGUGACGCCGAUGCUUCUAUUUUCUUGUUUCUGCCUUUUGGUUGGAGAUAUUCUCUUUGGUUAUGAUACAGGCAGCUUUGGUGGAAUUCUCGCAAAUCCAAGCUUUGUGAAUCAAUUUGGCACCUAUAGUCCCCAGACUAGAAAGUACUCCAUCGACUCCCUCCAUACAUCUCUUCUCACAUCGCUAGCAUUCAUUGGCAAAUUUAUCGGUUGCCUCUUUGCCGGUCCAGCGAUUGAAAAGUAUGGCCAUCGCACAGUGUUUUUUGGCCUGUCCAUAAUUUCUGUGAUUGGCAUUAUCAUCGAGAUAACUUCCGCUGGAAGUGCUGCUGGAACUGGACGUCUUGCGCAGUUCAUCGUUGGUCGGAUAGUCGUCUACAUCUCAGUUGGUUUGGUGGAAGUCAAUGUAACAAUUUAUCAAUCCGAAAUUGUGCCAGCCUUCUUCAGAGGAUUUGUCAUUGUCUCGUUACAAUUGUUUCUCACUGUUGGGUCAAUCCUUGCCUCGGUCGUCAAUAAGGUUUUCUCUACCUCUACGGACUCCGUUGGCUGGAAGACUAUUACAGGCAUCCAAUUCGUUUUUCCCGUUCUGAUUAUCGUGUUUACAUUCUUCAUACCCACCUCUCCCCGAUGGCUUCUGUCCAAAGACCGUAAUGAGGAAGCCGUGAUAGCGUUAGGUCGUCUAAGACCCAAAGUGGACACCACCAACGGAAACUGCGAGAUGGAGAUCCGAUCCAUUCGAGAGGCUCUUCAGCAGAAUGUGCAUAAAACUCCAUGGUCCGAUCUCCUGCGUGGGACCAACCUCCGCAGAACUAUAAUCGUCAUCAUAUAUUACUUCUUCCAGCAGCAGGCUACGGGCCAGGCCUUUGUUUCAACAUACUCCGUGGUUUUCUACAAAGCAAAUGGAUACGCCAAGUACGCCUUCACUUAUCCCCUCAUCACUGCUUGCCUUGGCUUCCUUGCCAUUUUACCAGCGAUGUAUAUGGUUGACAGAUUCGGACGUCGCUUCGGCCUUAUGUUCUCAUUCUUCUUCCAGACUUUGUGGCUUUUCAUCCUGGCUGGGAUAGGCGAGAAAGGCCACAAGUCUACUACGGAGAAUAAUGCCGUUGUUGCAGUCUUCAUACUGUAUGCAGUCUCCUACAAUAUGGGCGGUGGGCCGAUUCCCUACCUUAUCGGGGCCGAGGUCCCGAACGCUGCAGUUCGUGAGAAAACGCAAGCAAUUGGCACUUCUUGGAACGUUCUAUGGGCCUUUGUGACAAAUUUCGCCCUUCCCUAUAUGAUCGACAGCAUCCAUUUCAAGGUUGGCUGGGUUUUUGGCAGCCUUGCCUUAUUGGGUCUUCUGUUUACAUUCUUCUUCCUUCCAGAGACCAAGGGCCGAUCACUCGAGGAGAUUGACGCUGUCUUUUCAGUCCCCUUCAGUCCAUUCCGGUCAACUGACUCGGAAAUUGCAUGGCGAUCUCCUCCAAUUGAGGGCAAAUCCUCCAAUGUCCCAGACUCGACAGGGAAGGACACAUGGAAGGGAUUUUCUCUAGCUGCAUCAUAG